CAGCCCGGCCCGGCCCGGGGCCGCGUCCCAAGAGCCCGCCCUCGCCGCUGCAGCCUGGGCGUCCGGCCGGCCGGCCAUGGAGGCCGAGCGCCCCCCCGCGCCGGGCCCGGGCUGCGAGCGUCCCCCGCCCCGCGCCGCCGGCCUCGACCCCGCGGCUGCGCCCGCCCCGGACGCCCGGACGCCGCGAGCCGAGGCGCCGUGGCUGCGUGCCCAGGGCCAGGGCCCGCGCUCCGCGCCUGUGACAGGGCCCGCGCCGCCGCAGGAGCCGCCGCCGCGGGCCGCCGGCCGGGGCGCCCCGGGGGCGGGGGCGGGGCUCCUGACGCCGUCGGCGCACAUCCCGGUGCCAGCGCAGAGAGCCAACCCAGGAAAAGCCCGGUUGGACGAAGUCAUGGCGGCCGCAGCUCUUACAAGCCUGUCCACCAGUCCUCUCCUGCUGGGGGCCCCGGCUGCAGCCUUCAGCCCAGAGUCCAGUCUGGCGCCCUGGAAGGAGGCCCUGGUGCAGCCACCAGGCAGCUACAGCAGCAGCAGCAACAGUGGAGACUGGGGCUGGGACCUGGCCAGUGACCAGUCCUCUCCGUCCACCCCAUCGCCCCCGCUGCCCCCUGAGGCAGCCCAGUUUCUGUUUGGGGAGCCAGCCCUGAGGAAAAGGAAGAGCUCAGUCCAGGUCAUGUUCCAGUGUCUGUGGAAGAGCUGUGGGAAGGUGCUGAGCACAGCGUCUGGGAUGCAGAGACACAUCCGCCUGGUGCACCUGGGCAGGAGGCAGGCAGACACAGAACAGAGCGAUGGUGAGGAAGACUUCUACUAUACAGAGCUGGACGUUAGUGUGGACACUCUGACCGAUGGGCUAUCCAGCCUGACUCCGGUGUCCCCCAUGGCCUCUGUGCCACCCGCUUUCCCCCGCCUGGAGCUGCCAGAGCUGCUGGAGCCCUCAGCCCUGCCCAGCCUGCUACGACCACUGGCCCUGCCCCCGUCCCCCAUGCUGAGCUCUGUGGCUCCCCCUCGGGCAUGCCACAAUGACCAUGCCUACCAGGGCUGCCUGCCACCCACCCGCCUGGAGCCACAGGCCACAGAGGUCAGAGCCAACCUGAGGAAGCCCCGUGGUGAUGCCAAGAAGUGCAGGAAGGUGUACGGCAUGGACCGUCGGGACCUUUGGUGCACGGCCUGCCGCUGGAAGAAAGCCUGCCAGCGGUUCCUGGACUGAGCCCACCCACCGGUGCUGACACCUGGCUUCUAGGGCUUUUUAAAGGAGAAAAUAAGCUACCACCUCUCCUUCCCCCACCCCUUUAUCCCCAGUGUGGGGCUAAAGCAGCUCUGGGAGAGCCCCAGGGCCUAGCCUCUCCCAGCUGCAGGGUCUACUUUUUAAGGGGGGAGGUGGGAGUUGGUGACCCUGAACCCCCACAGGUGGGGGUAGGAGGUCCCACCACUCAAAGUGCCUCUGAAGAAACCAGCUUUUUGCACUAAAGCCAAACCACAGCGCUGCCCCUGGUCCCUGGGGUGGCUGCCCUCCCUGCCUGUCGGCCCCUGGAUUUGCCAAGGAUGUUGACAGGCCCAGCUGCAGGGGCCAGUCUGCAAUGCACUUUGAGGGGUGUCGGGGAGGGGACUCCCCUGCUCGCACUUAAUGCGAUGGUUUGAGGGCCCUGGGGCUGAUAUGUUACCAUGUUUGCAAAGCUCAGGUGUCUCACGUCUGGGCCAUGCCAGGCGAGGAGAAAAAUUAAAGACUUGGGGUUUUUCCAGAA